AUGUCUUCGACCCUCAAACGCAAGGCGGCCUCGAGCGUCGACGCCAGCAAAAAGGUCAAGACUGGCGGCGGAAAUGCGAGCAUCACGUCCUUCUUUGGUGCUCCAAAGGUCGUUUCCUCUUCCACCAAUGGCUCUGCACCCAGAGUCGAGUCGCCCGCCCCGACCUUUGACAAGGCCAAGUGGGUAGCCAGCCUCAAGGAGGAGCAGAGAGAGCUGCUUCAGCUCGAGAUUGACACCCUCGACGACAGCUGGCUUGCACACCUCAAGGAUGAGGUUACGAGCAAAGAGUUCUUGGAUCUAAAGAGAUUCCUUGCCAGGGAAAUGGCUGGCCCCAAGAAGAUUUUCCCACCACCACAAGAUAUCUAUUCCUGGUCACGGCUCACACCAUUCCACUCGGUCAAGUGCGUCAUUCUCGGCCAAGAUCCCUACCACAAUAUCAACCAAGCCCACGGCCUCGCCUUCUCGGUACGCCCACCGACGGCGCCGCCGCCAUCGCUGCGCAACAUGUUUGUGGCACUCAAGAAGGACUACCCGUCGUUCCAGCCGCCGGCGAACAAGGGCGGACUCUUGACCCCGUGGGCGGAGCGCGGCGUGCUCAUGCUCAACACGUGCCUGACGGUGCGGGCACACGAGGCCAACAGCCACGCCAACCGCGGCUGGGAAAAGUUUACGCAGCGCGUCAUUGACCUGGUGGCGCAAAAGCGCACGCGCGGCGUCGUCUUUUUGGCCUGGGGCACCCCCGCGGGCAAGCGCGUGGUCAAGGUCGACAAGAAGCGCCACCUCGUCCUCCAGAGCGUGCACCCCAGUCCCCUGAGCGCCAGCCGCGGCUUCUUUGACUGUGGCCACUUUCGCAAGACGAACGAGUGGCUCGUGACUCGGUACGGCGAGGGCAGCGAGAUUGACUGGAAUCUAGAGCCGACGGCGGCCCCCAAGAACGAAAAGGACGACAAGAAGAAGAAAGAAGAAGAGACCGCAGACCAAACCAAAAAGGAAGAACCCACCCCCGUCGUGACGGUUGGCAAAGUCGAGCAGAAGAAUGGUAAUGGCGUCGUAGAAGAGAGCAAGGUGCUCGAAGACGAGGGAGAAGAGGGUGCAGUUGAAACCAACGGAGAGAAGAACUGA